AUGGCCAGCGGAGUCCGAUUAUCGAUAUUUAUCGUUGUCACUGUGUUAAUAGGCCAGAUAGCCGCUGAUGGUGAGCUCUCAAAAGAUAGCCGGCUGGGGCCGAAGAAAGAAAAAGAAGAGAAUCCCUCAAAUGUGACAAUUCCGACCAAAUCCCAAUCAGGUCACAAAACAGUGGAACAAAAUGGAAUGCUAAUAAGCCAAGCGGAAAAACCACCACCGAAAAUGGAUUCGAUUGUUUCAUCGAAAUUUGAGACGACAAAAACGUCAAUCAUCGAGGAGAAAACCGAAGCUGUGAGCAAGAAUGAAUCGAAAGUAGAGACAACAACACCUACAGCACAGACAACCGGCGUCCAGGAAACAACAAUGAUCCCUAAACCAGAUGUUGAUGUUAAAGAAGAUGAACUGGCAAAAGAUGGAGUACUUCCUCCCUCUGAAGGGAACGAAAAUGAAAAGGAUCAAACAAAAAUUGAAGAUAAAGAGAUUCCCGAAUAUGAAGAUACAGGAGAAAAAGAGAAAAACAAAGGAGAAGUGAAACAACCAGUGCAGCCGGUGAAGGAGAUUCAGAACAAGUAUGACAAGUAUGACGCGGAAAGCGAGGAUGGACAUUUCUUUCAAUGGAUGCUCUUCCUUUUGAUCCUUGUUGUCAUUGGGUAUUUGGCCGUGCAUAAUAAAAGAAGACUACUUGCUUUGGUUUUGGAGGGUCGAUCGGGUCGUCGAGGAUCAAUAAGUCGAGGCGGAAAUGCACGAUAUAGACGAUUGAGUCAGAAUGAACAUGAUGUUAUUUAU